AUAGAAUUUUUUGGCUAUUUUUACAUGACAGUCAGUUUGUUUUGAAAAAAAAAAUUUUAUUUUGAUUGAAAAAUGUUUGCCAUUAAUCAAAAUUAUGAUUCUAUUGAUGGUGAAUUGGUUCGAAAAGCGAAGAAAACUUGUGAUAAAAUAACCGAAACAAUUUAUGUAAAUGCAAAUGAACCAACAUUAGCAUGUUAUCGUAUUCAAGAACAUAUACAUCGUUCAGUUCCAAUUAUUCGACAGAAAAAAUUGGAAAUGAUUAAAAAUGAAUCAACAUUAAAAGGAUUAUUAUAUGAUAUAGAAUAUACAAAAGAAUCUAUUGAAUCACUUGAACGAUCAAAAGAUUCAUUUGAUAAUAUUCAACGUCUUUUAAAAGAUUCUAUUUAUUUUAAACAACAAGCUGAUUAUGAUGAAAAUGUACGUAGAAAUAUUCAGGAAAAAUUACGAAAUACUUCAUUGUCAUCGUCGGAAUCAUCAUCGUCGAAUAUGAAAUCCAAAGAUGAUUUGAAAUCCGAAAAAUCAAGUUUGUCCGAGGCAAAUGAAUCAUCACAGCAACAACAAUCAUCAACACGUAGAAUACGAAUAACAAAUUCAAAUCGUUUUAAUCGAUUUUCAACAUCAUUCGAUUUUUCACAUUCAUUACCAAUGGUUGCAUCAUCUGUUAGUGCUGAUCUUCGAUCAUUAAUCAAUCAUUUUACCAAUAAUAAUAAUAAAGAUUCAACAACAACUAAUAAUCAACAACAACAAUCUGCGGUCGUUCCAGAAAGUAGUAGCAGUGGCAGCCAAAAAUCUGUUACAACAUCCAAAUCAUUAUAUACAUUGGCGGAAAAUGUCCAAUCAACGGUAGAUGAUGGUGAAGAUUCUUCUACCAAACCAGAAUCCUCUAUAGAAAAAAAAUCUGUGAUCAAUGAAUGAAUGAAUCUUUGGCCAAAAUUUAGUGUAAUAUU